AUGGCAUAUAUAUCAUCGUACUCAAGAAACGAUUUACUUAAACUAGUGCCUAUCGCUCCAACACCAGAACUAAAACAUGUAUCUGACUUUGCAAACGCGGAUACACAUACGAAGUAUAAUUACAAAAGCCCGUAUGUUGGCGCGCAAACGGCAUCAAUUGCCAGAAGAAACGCUCGAGAAAGGAACCGCGUGAAACAAGUGAAUGAUGGAUUUAAUGCAUUAAGGAAGAGAUUACCUGCGCCUAUCGUGGCCGCUUUAUCGGGAGGAGCGCGCCGUGGAUCAGGCAAGAAACUCAGCAAAGUGGACACAUUGAGAAUGGUCGUUGAAUACAUAAAAUAUUUGCAACGACUGAUCGAUGAAAGCGAUGCGGCUGUGGGCAUCGCUGAUAAAAGGGAGCCGUUUGUUAGCCGAAUACCAGUUACUUACGAAGAUGAGGGAGUGUUUGGGGAUAUAAGUUCUCCAUAUUCAGAAUCUGUGCCUUCUCCAGGCAAUUCGGAGUGUUCAUCUGGAGUGUCGUCGGAAUAUUCUCCUUGUAAUGAUAAAUUCAUGAAUUAUCAAAAUACUGAAGAGAUGAGUUAUAUUAACGACGAUUUGACGACACGAAUGGAUGACACAGAGUUACUCGAUGCAAUGACAUGGUGGCAACAGAAGUAA